CCUCACCCCACACCCACCAUGGCGCGCCCAACAAAGCAGUUCAAGAAGUUUGUGGCCUCGGGAAAGCUCAAGGAGACGAUCUCCAAGCGGCGCUCGGCCGCGCAGAGCAAGAAGAAGUUCGAGGGCCAGAAGACACAGCGGCGGCUGCAACGUGGCGCGGUGCGCCCGGAGCACGAGCUUUCGGACGAGGGCGAGGGCGAGGACGAGGAUGAGAGCCCGGACUUUGAGGGCGGCGUCAGGGGCGGAAAGGCGGGAGGCGUAGCCAAGACGGUGGACGAGCUGUUUGGCGCGGGAGGGCUGGACGUGCCCAUCGAGGAGGGCAGUGAUUUGGAGGACAUCUCCGAGGACGACGAGGAUGACGGCGAGGAGAGCGAAGGAGAGGAAGAGGAGGGGGAGGAGGCAGACCUCGACGAGGAGGCUAUGGCUAAGGCUAUGGCCGAGCUCGAGAAGAAGGACCCCGAGUUCUUCAAGCACUUGAAGGCUGAAGACCCCGACCUGCUCAACUUUGGCAAGAUGGAUGUCGACGAGGACGUGGAGGACGAGGAGGAAGACGAGGAGAUGGACGUGGCCGAGGAUGAGGAUGUCGAGGACGAUGAGCCGCGCAAGACGGUCGUGACGAUGCGCAUGCUGCGCGGCUGGCGCGAGGGCAUGUUGAAGCAACACUCGCUCCGAUCGCUGCGCAAGAUGCUCAUGGCGUUCCGCGCGGCGGCGCACAUGAACGAAGACAGCGAGGAGCAGGGGACCGGCCUCGACCUGCGGUACACGAUCCCCUCUGCGGCCGUGUUCAACCGCCUCGUGGUGACAGCUCUCAAGUUUACGCCAGUGGUGCUCGCGCACCACAAGCCGUUCAAGGUGCUGCCCAACGGGCGGAUCAAGCUGCAGGCGAGCAAGGCGCCGGUGACGCUGGACCGGCUCAUCCUCAGCCACUUCUCGACGCUGCUCCACCUCCUCAAGCAGCUUCCUUCGACCCCGAGCGCGCUCGGCGAGGAGGAGGAGGGGGCCGGUGGCUUGCUCGCUCUCGCAGUGAGCGAGAGCGCCAAGCUUCUCCCCUGGGUCCUCGGAGCGCGCAAGCACAUCCGCGCGUAUCUCAAGACGCUGCUCGAUCUUUGGGCGUCGGCCUCGGACAGCGUGCGCGUCGCUUCGUUCCUCGCAAUCCGCAAGAUGUUCAUCAUGGGCGACGACGGAAUCAAGGACCUCGCCCUCCGCAACAUCUACAAGGCGCUCUUGCCCCCGCUCCGCCUCACUUCGGUGCACACUCUUCCCAGCUUGAACCUGAUGAAGAACUCGGCGAGCGAGCUAUACCAGCUCGAGCCGGCGUUGUCGUACCAGCACGCGUUCACCUUCAUCCGCAUGCUUGCCGUGCAUCUGCGCAACGUCGUGCGCUCUUCCACAUCUGGCAAGGCGGGCGAGGACGGCGCCGCCUUCCGUGCAGUAUACAACUGGGCGUUUGUGCACGCCAUCGACUUCUGGAGCCAGGUGCUCUCCGGUGCAGCGGGAAUUGAGGCGCAGGCGGCGCGCGGCGGCCUCGAGAGCCCCCUCAAGCCGCUCAUCUAUCCGCUUGUGCAGGUGGCGCUCGGGGUCGUCCGCCUUCUCCCAAGCAGCCGCUACUUCCCGCUGCGUUUCCACGUCCUCUCCUCCCUUGUCCGCCUCGUGUCUCUGACGGGCACGUACAUCCCCCUGGCGCCAUUCAUGCUCGAGAUCCUCGACAGCGCCGAGUUCCGGAAAGCGAACCCGAAGAAGGCGACGCUCAAGCCACUCGACUUUGCAUACGUGAUCCGCGCCCCUGCGGCCUACCCCAAAACGCGCGUGUACCAGGACGGGCUGGGCGAGGAGCUCGUCUUCCUGCUGGGCGAGUACCACGCGACGCUGGCGACCGACGUCGCUUUCCCCGAGAUCGCGCUGCCCGUAGUAAUGAGCAUCCGGCGGCACAUUAAGCGCGGGAGCGCGGGCUCGCCCAAGACGGCCAACCAGCUCAAGGCGUUGGCAGACAAGAUCGACGCGAACCGCGCGUGGGUCGAGGCCAAGCGGCGCAACGUGAGCUUUGCGCCGCGCGACAGGAGUGAGCUCGCACGCUUUUGCGAGGGCGUCAAGCCGGAAACGACGCCGCUCGGCGGGUGGGUCCGCAUCCAGCGCAAGGCGCGUGAGGCCAAGCGCCGCGAGGUGGAGAAGGCGCUGCGGGAGGAGCGCGAGGAGUAGGGCGCGGCGGCGAGCAGUAGGCGGUGAGCAAGGUGUGUGCGUGCGCGUGCGCGUGCGUCGAUCGCCCGUCGAUGCGUCUGCUGUGCACGGCACGCAGAGUUGGAUAGAGCUAUGUAGUUUUUGCAUCUGU